AUGGCUUCAAUGUCAACGUUACCACAACCUUCACGGUCUAGCCCAUCUGGAUCAUUACCUCCCCUCCCCAUCCCGAAACCUAGGACCGUUUCCUCCGACACACCGAGGGCUGCAUCUCCAUACGGGGCGUCCAAGCUCCGUACACCAUCCAGUCCCAAACCAUCGCUUAAGUCUCCGCUAUCAAGUUCUAACUCUACCUCCAACCUCAAUGCCGCUCGCUCCACUGGUGGCCGCACUCCCGGAAGCCCUGAAAAAUCAUUGCGCCGAACCAUCAGCAUAGCGUCCUUCCCUCAACCACCCAAGGCCGGGGCCCGUCCAUCCACUGCAUCUUCAAAUUCCACGGUCCAAACUGCCACUCCCAACAUGCGACCUAAAAGAAGCUCACGACUGAGCACGGGGACAACAAGCAGCUACCGGAGCUCGAAAACUCCGUCGUUGUUGAACGGUAGCGGGGAAGGGAAAUUCAUAUCCAGUGCGGAUGCGCGAGACGAUGCGUCUCCCGGUCACAGCAGGAGCUCUUCUGCACAAGGAUCUUGCUCAACGAGUGCAACAACAUUUGAGGAUGCUGAGGAGACCGGUAAAUCCAAACCAAAGGAGAUUAAGGGGAAUGUUAUUGUCAGUGUACGCGUCCGACCGGACAACAAUAGCGGAGGAGAAACUCCCAGAAACCACGGCGAAUGGUCGGUCGACAGCCGGCAAAGUCUCAUCUCAUAUCGAGGGAAAGAGGGAGGCGACUACUUCUAUGAUAAUGUCUUUAAUACCCAAGAAAACAACGCGAAGGUUUACGAUUCCGCCGCCAAGCGCCUUGUCCGUCGUGUUAUGGAGGGCUACCAUGGAACAGUCUUCGCAUAUGGUAUGACGGGAACAGGAAAGACAUUCUCCAUGCAGGGAACCGCAACGUCCCCCGGUGUCAUUCCGCUUGCUAUUACCGAUAUUUUCUCGUUCAUCCGAGAAACUCCGCACCGGGAGUUUUUGCUGCGGGUCAGCUACCUCGAAAUAUACAACGAGAAGAUUCAUGAUCUUCUUUCCGCUUCCUCUGCCGGUGCGGGAAUAGGGCAGCAAGAGGAAAUCAAAUUGAGAGAAGACAGUAAACGAGGGGUCUAUGCGACGCCCCUCAAGGAAGAGAUUGUGCAGAGUCCAACACAACUCCUUCGUGUAAUUGCACGAGGUGAUCAUGCACGGCGAACCAGCAGUACACAGUUCAACGCUCGCAGUUCUCGAAGUCAUGCGGUGGUUCAGAUCGUUGUGGAGAGUCGAGAACGUGUGCCCUCGGGGAACCAAGACAAGCGCUCCGGACUCGCACCCGGUGGUGUGCGCGUGUCAACCUUGAGUCUGAUUGAUUUGGCGGGCUCAGAGCGUGCAGCCGAUGACAAGGAACGACGUACUGAAGGUGCACAUAUCAACAAGAGUCUGCUCACUCUGGGUAACAUUAUAUCGGGGCUCUCAGACAACAAGGAUAAACAAGGCAACCCCUCUGAUCGCGAUGGGAGGCAUCUGCCUUACCGAGACAGCAAGUUGACCAGACUGCUGCAGCCAGCUUUGUCCGGUGGCUCGCUUGUGAGUAUUCUCUGCACCAUCCAGUUCUCAAGCGCGAUUAAUUCGCACACGGGCGAGACUUUGAACACCAUGAAGUUCGCUGCCCGUGCCAAGAACAACAUUGUCAGUCAUGCCAAGAAGGCCGAGGAGGCAUAUGGCGGUGGUGGCGGUGACUCUGGAAGCAGGGUGUUGCUUGAGCGAUAUCGCAUGGAAAUUCAGGCUCUCCGUGGCCAACUUGAUACCCAAGCCAAAUCUCAGGCUGAGAAGGAACUUAAGUGGGAUGAACAACAGUAUGAAAAGGAGGCUCAGGCUCGCCAUGAGGAACAAGUCUUGGAAAUGCAGUUAGCCCGGACUGCUCUCAAGGAGCGCAUAGAGCAUCUCAAUCGCUUGAUUCUGAGCUCCAAGUCUACCGGUGUAAACAAUUACAACAGCUUGUCUGCGUUCGGGCGGCUUUCCCGCAUGUCCACAACGGAUUCUGGUACACGAUCACUGCGCUCCUCCGCCAGCCAAUCUACUUUGGGUGUGGGCCAUUCAUCAAUUCGCCCUAUCUCAUUCAUGUCUGUUAAUAGUAGCGAGCCUUCAAGCGCUAUGCAUUACCCAAGUGGCUCAUUCGGAAAUGACGACGAAGAAGACCUGGGUGAAUUCGGCGAUGGAAAAGCUAGCUUGCAAAGACAGAUCAUUGCUCUGCAGGCCGAUCUUAGUGAUAAGAACCGAUACAUCUCAACCCUGGAACGCAGGUUGCUGCAGGCGAGACGCUCCAGUCAUUCCCGCAUGUCAGUGGGCAUGAAGCCAGCAAAUGCUACAAUUGCCGAACACCGCGAACAGGACGAACCCCCAGAUUUAUCGGCUUUGGUUCGUGAUAAGGAUUUGGAGAUCAAUGAACUUCGACUGCAGCUCGAUGAUAAGGAUCGAAUGCUUGCUGCGCUUCGAUCUGCUGCCCGCCACCGUGAUUUGGCUGCUGUGACGAAUGACUCGCAGUCGCCGGAAAUCAAGAGUGGAUCGGUGGCUGGAGACAGUCCUGUGAUGAAUAAUAGCUUUGGAAAAUUGGGCAGCCCGAGCAAACGACCUUUGUCCGGUCGAAGUGAAAAUGAAGAUGCCAGUAAAAAUAUGGAUGAGGUCUCACGCAUGCUGGAGGAAAUGAUCCAAGGGCGAUCAGAGGGGCAUGUGGACAAGAAGAGCCUCGCCAGUGAUAGCCGACGAGUAUCUUCUUCGGCACAAGUGGCCGGUCUCAAUCCAACUGCUCCCUCCUGGGAUCCAAGCUUCAGCUCACCGGUUCCGGAAUGA